ACUCGCACAUCAAUUUUUGCUGUACUUUUCAAGCUGACACUCCUCUCUCUGUGGGGACUCCUCAAAAGCCUUCUUCGUCUUCCUCCUCCUCUCUCUCUCUCUCUCUGCGCGCAGGAAGUUUCUCCAUGGCGUCUGAACGCGUCAACAAGCCUCCAUCGCACCCUGAAUACCCAGAGAUGAUAAUUGAAGCUAUUGAUGCACUGAACCAAGAAGAAGGAUCAAACAAGACAUCAAUAUCAAGAUACAUAGAAUCCAAGUAUGGAGAAUUGCCUUCUGCUCACUCAAAGCUGCUAACUUUCCACUUGGACAGAAUGAAGCAGAGCGGUGAACUGAUUUUCUUGAAGAACAAUUACAUCAAGGCAGGCCCAGGUGUUCCCCCUAAGCGUGGGCGUGGCCGGCCAAGAAAAGACCCCAACGCGCCACCAGUCCCCAAGAAGCCCAAGCCUUCUCCCGGCCCUUCCACACUCACCCUCUCCAAAACCGGCAGGCCCCGGGGCCGCCCGAGGAAGGUGAAGCCACAGCCACCCUCACCCCAGAAUGGCUUUGAAAUGAGCUAGCUAGCUGAGUUUGAAGCUAAGGUCCAUUCAUCUCUAAACCUGAUUAUGAUGUUCAUCGCUUUAAUUUGUCGUGCUUUAAUUGUAGGAAUGGAAUGGUGUCUGUGUGUACGUGUUUAAGUUAUUAGAGUUGGAUCGAUGUAGAUUAGGCGUCAUGUUGAUGUACUUCACCUCACCGGAGAAAUCCAAUCCCCCCCAAUUGUCUGUGAUUCCGCCA